GAAAGACUGAAACCUACAUCAAUCCUAGUCGUGACCAACUAGACUAGACCAUGAUCUACUCUCGUCUAUUCGAACUCCCUCACCGAAGUAUGACGCGCAUGGAAGCCAUCAGAGCGCAAAAAGCGGAGAAAGAACUACAAGAGUGCACUUUCCAGCCGAAUUUGAACCGGGUACUGAACCGCCAUAUCCUGCACUCACGGCCAGAAAAUUACGAGCAGACCCUGGUCAUGCAAGAGUUAAGAGUGAUCAAUUUUUCAUCAUCUGAAUCAGAUAAAGUGGUGAACCUUACACUUUGACAUUAGUAGAUGUAGACCACCCUUUGGUUGUUUCCCUUUGGUUGUUUCCCUUUGUUUGUUUCCCUUUGUUUGUUUCCCUUUGUUCCUUCGAAGUUCUUUCUUUGUUUCCCUUUUCCGACAAAACCGCUUGAUUGUGCGUCUACUACUUUCUGGACGUUAGUUCUUCUUCACCUUCAGAGUGGCCAUGUAGAAGAUGUAGGACUCCUCAGCAGUUCAUCUCCUGCUCUAAGUCAAGAGGAAAGGCAAAAGCGAAUGGAAGAUUUGGAUCAGUAUUUGUACCGUGAAUGCACCCACAGACCUAGGAUAUCACAGUAUGCGAAAAAGCAUGGCGGAGGACAUUCACAUCGUGUGGACGGAGGUAAUACUGGUGACACUAUAAAGUUGACGUAGAGGUAGACAUGCAAUUAUUCUCUUCAACAAAUGAAAAUACGAUGAAUCAAUGUUCAACAGUCGAAGGACAUCCAUGAGUAGGGUCAUUCUCUAAAAAUAUUCGUAUAUCUAAUACUGUAUCCCUAUAUUAAAUUCUUGAUCUUGUUGUAGGAAAAGCACAUAGAUCAUCAUCUAUCAUCCCGCACAAAAAUGCGAGGACCCACCUGCUUUUCCCACUACGGAGUUUCAAUACAGAUUUCUCACGUGGGUCCAACGUAUAUGAUCGUCUUUACUCGGCGUACACGAUAGCACAAACUGCAAGAUCCGGUCUUUUGGAACGUGUCGCGGAUGAGGAGCGCAAAAAAGCGGAUUCUCCUAUUCUUAUGCCUUUUUUCCCUAAUCCAUCUUCUAAUGCAUCUUCUCUAACCGUCUUUUUUUUCGAGGAACAGGAACAGGGUUUUGAGAUGGAUGGCUCCGGGACGAUGGGUGUAGUUCUUGAGCUCUAACAUUAAGGCUGUACCUAAUACAUCUUUGGACGUAUCCUUGGAACUACGUAUGGAGGAGUAUCCUAAGCGAAUACUCCCCCAUACUUUUCAAGGAUGCACUUGAAAGAUGAAUGGCGGACAGCUCUAAUAACAUUCAAGCCAAGGCAGCGAACAAGAAAGCCCUAGCUGCCGCAGAACUUCUCUACAGUGACGCAUUAGAGAGACGGGAAAGACAGAAGGAACGGGCGAACGACUUCUAUAGCAACAUUAAGAUGGAACAAUGCGGAGUUGGAAGAAAUUACUAAUACUAGGAGUUGGAAGAAAUUACUAAUACUAGUAGUUGGAAGACGUUACUAAUAGUACGCACAGGCUUCGGCCGCCUUUGAUGAGAAGACCGGCAGGGCAGUUGGACGAACUCGAGGCGCCUAGAAUAAACGGAUCCUAACAUAAACGUGGCCACUUUAGUUCUACUUUUUUAAACAGUUGGACUUCUUCCUUUUUAUGUAUUGUUGUUUCCUAGUUAGACGUGCUCCACCGGUACUAAUACAUUAAAAUGGAACAGUCCGGAGUUGGAAGAAAUUACUAAUACUAGAAGGAUAUAGGCGACUCAUUGCCAUAGGCUGAAUAACACUGAGUUGCACUUUACUCAAGCUGAACAAGCGACCUGGAAAGGCAUCUCUUUCAUCUUCUAAUAUGUUCCAAGACACUACUAGCGCAGAAGGUGCUGUUAAGUCAAGGCGCUAUUAUUGGGCGUUGCUCGAAAAGCAGGUCCGUGAUGCAUUCGACGGUGCGGUUAAACAACGAAAAAAAGAAGGAAGAAUGGCUUCUGUGGAUGAUCCACAUUAUGGCGUCUGUGAAGGAAGAUGCAUAAUGAAUCAACAUCACACUUUUUGAAGCUAGUGUACUUGUACUAUGAAUGGCUAUUCUGCUCCUCAACAGAAGGUACAGGAUAGUUGAAACGCCUCGACGGUCGUGUCAGUAUGACACAUAAAAGAGGAUCCAUGACAUGACAAUGUCCAGGCUAUAAAUUAAUCAACAUCACACUUUUUGAAGCUAGUGUACUAGGAAUUACUGUCUCUGUCUCCAGGCUACACCUCUAAAACUCUCAACCUCAAGGAGAAGUUCUUUACUUCGCGGACUUGCCUGUCUUCCUCGAUGCGAUGGGGUGUAUGAGUGCAAAUACGCGUAGUGAAAGCGAUGCGAAGUUGAAGUUGUCGCUGUGGCGCUAUUUGGAUCCGGAUUUAUGAAGUUUGAUUCUACUCCGUGUCCUCUGUCUAAGCAGAUUUAAUAUUAUCCACUCUUCUUAGACACUCUCCCUCGCGCUCAUUUUCUCUCAUUCGCAUUCAUUUUUAGUCUCACCCAAAGAAACCCAAAAUUGAAAAUCCCAAAAUCUCUCCAACAAGUACUUAAAAAGUACCCAUUUCUUUUUCUUCUAACUUCCGCCCAAGGUGCCACCGACCUCUUGUCGCUGACGGUGUUUUUUCACGUUUUGAUGGGUGCUGUGGAUGACCGGACCUUUAGGUCGAUUAGAAUGGACGCGAAAAAGGAGGAUAGAGACCAGACGGGGACGAAGAUUCGAAAUUUGGCUUAUCGGAAGGGUUUUAGUAGAGAUACAGGUUAGUAGUAGAGCUUGAUGAGGACAUGAUGUUUUUUGCUAGAGCACUGGUCUAUAUAAAAAUAGUUUCUUCUAGAACUGCUCUAUGUAUGCUAGUAGACGCACCAGACGACUACCAAAGUAGAGCAAGAUGUAGAAGUACUAGUAUUUGAGCAGGAGAGAUGUAGUACUAGUACUUUGAGCAGAAGGUAACCAGCGCUAGUGGCUGUUAAAGCUCCGUCGGCAGAAGCGCGUAGAUUAGAAGUUAAGGAAGUGCUAUUGUUCCUUUCCUUCUUCUAAUCUGUGGGCCGUUACGAGCCCUCGAAGUUGCGAGCGGAGUUUCAUGCGCUUUACUUUAACCGUUUGCACCACCAGAAAUUGAAGCAUCAGGAACAUGAACGCGAACGAAAUAGUCCAAGGGGUCGCGGUGACAACUCUCCAGAUGGGAGAAACCUAGAUGGGAAGGAGAAAGAUAUGAGUAGAGAACGAUAUGUAGGAAUUAUACUUACAAUCGUGUUCGUUUGGAGUCCUAGUUCAGUCUCGACAAAGAACGGCCAUACAAAUGCUUGAGAUAGAGGAGUUUCAUCUUGUACCUCGUGGUCCUUAAUACAAGAACUACGACUUGCAACAUUCAUCCUAUUGCAGUUGAAGAUUAAUGCAGCAGUCAUUCUGAUACAUUCUAACUAAUUAAGUUCUGGACUUACACCUCGUGAAUGAAUGAAUGAAUGAAGGAAGAGAUCUAAUAUCAAAGCCAGAAGCCGAUCAGUGGGUCCAACGCAGAAGCGGACACACAAUCAAGCGGUUUUGUCGGAAAAGGUGACGCGUCGGCUUCAGGCAGAAAGCGGCUUGAUGACGCACGUAGACUUGCUACUCUGGCGACAACAGAAAAAUCAAGAAAAACGCGAAGAGGAACGAAGAAAUUAUGUCCAUGUUCAAACGGAACCAGGCAGUUAUUUGUAGCUGCUACGUGGGUCGAAUGAAUGAAUGAAAGAAUCAAUGAGAAAUCGUAAAUAAUUUUGUUUUUCAAGUUCUAGUUGCUCGUAAGGAAGGAUCACGGAAUCGCUGCACCCACACCUUUUCCAGACUCAAGACGACCUUUUUUUACAAGAAAAGAAUCAUCUCUCUAAGAAAAACAAGAACGCAAAGCACAACGGGAGUGUACGUUCAAGCCCAAGCUGGUUGCCAAGACUUUCACGUCACAUGCGACUACGCGAUAUCCAAAUGCUGUCAGCAAAGGUGAUCAAUCAAAUCUGAAGACAACAACGUUGACUUCUGGCAUUGGUGGCAGUGGUGGAGUACAAGGACAAAUGACAGGAGCACGGGGACAAGGUCGUGCUCCUGCCAAAAACAAUGUUCCUCAACAUUAAGGCUACCGCUCAAUCUCAACCAUUUUUAGCAUCGUCUGUCAGUAAGUAACCAAGUAACAGUAUCUAUCAUCCUAAGUGGGCAUCUAUCAUCCUUAAAGUAUCUAUCUAUCAUCCUAACAGUAUCAUCCUAAGUGGCCCUUUUUCUACGUACUGGAAACAGAAGAACUAGUAUGCUCAAAAACAAGCAACGAAAAAGACUUACUGGUGGAAAUUAGAAUAUAGACAAUAAUCUCUGCUCCUGCCAACAACAAUGUUCCUUUAAUCUUAAUGGUUGAGAUAAGGCUAAGAGGUGGCCCUUUUUCUACGUACUGGAAACAGAAGAACUAGUACCCAAGGAACCAAGAUGUUAUCUAGUAUGACUCGUCUUGGGGAAGUUUUUAACGCGGUAGCUCUAAGAUCAAGAGGCAACUUUGGCAAACGAGACCGAUGCUGAUGCUUAUUUUCCAGCGGGUAGUGGACGAAGAUAUCACGAGCUAUACGACAGGGGGAUGGCCACAAAAGAAAGACAUCGAAGAAGUUUGCAACAGGUACUUCUGUUUUAGAAGAUAUUAUACUCUACUGUGAUGUGAAGAUGUGCUCGGGCAGCUCGUAAUAGAAAUAGUGUACCUAGUAAAACAGCCGGUUAGUUUUCACCUCACCAAAUCUAGGCUUAUCCCGUGCAACAAUAGUGUAUCUAGUUUGUGAGUAGAAACUAGAAGCCUUCUAGUAGAAGGUCAAGGUCAAGAUUAGGCAGGCUGCCGAGUAGAUUCACAUCGUCACUCGUCAUAUCUCUCCACAAACACCCACCACCGCCAGGCCGCCGCAGCCCGUGAGAGAGAGGAGCUCAAAGCGUGUACCUUUAAACCGGAUAUGCAAUCUUCUUCCGUUUCUUUCAAGCGAAACCUCGAUCAUGACAUUUCGGGAGCUAGGGCAUCUCCUACUGCGGCAACAUCAGGAACUACGCCUACUCCCGGAACAACUCGGUGGACGACACCUAGAGGAUAUGCGAAGGUGACGAGUAGACUUCGGAGGGGUCGGGAAGAAGAGGAAGUGCGCAGAAGAUAUCGCGAUGAUCGGACUUGUAGUUAUGUUGAGCUUGCGUUGAAGAGGUAGUUGGUUCAUCUGGUUCCCGAGAAUAGUGCUCUAAGAGGUUAACCUUCUCUAAGAAAUUGCAGCUGGAUAGCAAGGAGCUAGUACUUACUCCUCGAACAGGUCCAACAGGUCCAACAGGACUCCUAAGGAAUUUAUCAACGACUUAAGUAGUCGAAGUCUAAGUAGCUGUAAUAAGUUAGCUUGGUCUCACUCUCCUUACGUCUAACUCCUCGUGGCCCAGCAAAAACCAUCAAGGGCUCGCCUCCAGAGUCCUGGGGAUACCGAUAUGUAUUACUCUGAUCGACCGGGCCGCCUUAUGGAAGAGCCCCAUCAGGAGGAUGGUAUCUACGAUUCUCGUCUUUUAUUUCAUAAGUGUACUUAGUCAGAAUAUAUCUUUUGUUCAUCACAGUGAUUGCAUCUCGUAACCACGACGGGUCAUAAUCUUUUUUUUCACAUUAAAGUAAAAACAGACCUUAGAGACUUCCCUUCAUGACUUACGUCAUCCACUAUGAAUGUGGUACGCUCGCGUCGUGAAUGUCACCUUAGAGCCUUCCCUUCCUGACUUACGUCAGCCACUAUGAAUGUGGUACACUCGCGUCGUCAAUGUCACCUUAGAGACUUCCCUUCCUGACUUACGUCAGCCACUACAAAUGUGGUCCACUCCCUCGCGUCUUCAACGUCAUCCCGACAACUUCUAGAUGAACUACAUAUCUCUUACUUUGUCCACAACCACAUGUCUUCCACGACCAUUUCAACUUCAGAUGUUUUGCUCUACGUGGACGUAAAUAUCACGCCAACGCAAGCGGAAAGGCUAGUUCUCUACCGUGGGGAGACGUGCGGCGAAGCUGCAGCGGCUUUCGCUGACAAGCACCAGCUCUCAGAGAAAUUGCGGAAGAAACUUCACUAUCUUCUCACUGCACAGUUGGAGAACUUGAAUAAGUAG